AACUCUAAAUUUUAUUAAAAUACAUGAUAGAAAAUUAUCAAAAUAAACACAAUAAAAAAAAUCCAUAUAUAUCUACAUAAAAUAGUGCUGCUAUAUUAGUAUUACAUCUAUGUAGAAUAGUGGAAGAGGAAGAACAAACAAAUUCAGUACAUGUCAGAUCACAACCAUUUGGGCGGUUAGUGAUAGGGUUUCAUUGGCACUAGUUGAGGAGUUGAAGGGCUUAAUUGCAUCAUUUUUAGUUUAAUGGAUUAAAUGCUAAUUUGGGAUAAGUCUAGGGGCUUAAGAAGGGUUUUUGUCGAUUUUUAAUUGUGGGAAAGCGGUAGCCAUCAGGGGGCGGUUGGCCACGUCCCCACGGCCAAACUCAUGGGCCUCACGUCUUUGUCGUGAGGCCCAUAGAUGAGAACUAACGAGAGGGUCCACGUUUUUCGUCAUUUGGGCUAAAUUGUUAGAUUGGCCUGCUCUGGCGCAAAAAGUUGAGUUACAACAGCUGCACCAACUGCCAAAUCGCCACGGUGAUGCUGAGUGCACCCGCAAUCGCAUGUGAUCUCAACAUGUGGGCAGACGUAGACUGUGAUGCGCCACUUUCGUCAAAAGGAGAAAGACCUUCGUAUGUCAUUGUGCCGGUGCCGCCAAUCACCGGUGGUGCUGUUGUUGUCUGAGUAAUUUGGUCCGGCGACUGUCCCUGUGACGAUUUCUGGCUGCAAUAACAAUGCAAAAGGAAAAGUAACCGUUAAGAAAUGAAAACGUAUAGAAAUGAAAACGUAUGGACUGUAGGAACGGAUCGCGUUAUUUUAGGUAACAACGCUGACCGUUACUCCACCGGAACAAGCUAGAAGAACGUGGAGGGUGCAGCCUUCUGAAAUUGCGGGUUUAUUGUGGAAAAGUAAGUUCUGGGGAUUCGUGGUUGUCAUGUUUACAGCGCCAAGUAGGUUAUUUCACAACGACGCUUAUUAAAUUGUAAAAAAAAUCAAAAUAUCUUACUAAACAACACCCGCCUGUAAAAUAUUAACUCAUAAAUAGUAGGACUCUAA